GUUUUAUGACAAGAGGCCAAUAAAAAGGAAGAAGAUGUAAUAUAACUACAAAUAUUUUGAAUAUUUAUCAAUUUUAUCAUCAUGAAAGUGGCCUCUCGCGUAAAUGCACUGUGUAAAAACCUGAUCAGACCAAAUUUUGAAUUUGUGUUUCCGUAUUCGACAGCUCUUCCUAAGGAGAAGAAAAAAAUUGGACAGUUGCUGAUCAGCUGUAAGCGGAAAAAUUUGAAUCAUUAUAGCUCCAUAUAUUAUGGAAAUCUAGAUGAAGUGCCCCUAGCCUCAAAAGGAUGGAGUCACUCAAAAGCCAGAGGCGAUUUUCUUACGGUACACCCGUUUCCUGAUGAAAUGCAUGAAUUAACUUACUCAUUGAGAGAAAUGGGGCUGAAUGCAAGCAUGAUUGAAGCACUUAAGAAAGAAGGAAUACAAAGGGCCACUGAAUUUCAACAUAGAGCUUUUGAUGUCGUCAGAUCUGGAUCCCAUGUGAUGUUAGCAGCUGAAACAGGAUGUGGCAAAACACUGUCUUAUCUUUUACCAAUCAUUCAAGAACUAUCAGGAAAUAAAGCUCCAGCAAUGAACUGUCCCAAAGCAGUUGUGAUUGUACCAAAUAGAGAACUAGCUUACCAGAUAGGAGAGGUAGCAAAAAUUCUUGGAGACAGUGUGGGAGUUAAUGUUAAAGUUGUGGUUGGAGGGAGAAUUAAAUCUAUGAUGAUGAAUCCUACAUUUGAAGAUAUUGAUGUACUUGUGGGUACUCCUGGUGCUAUUGGGAAACUAUCUACUGUUGGAGUGUAUAAACUUAAUGAGGCAAAAUAUGCAGUUCUGGAUGAAGCUGAUACUCUAAUAGAUGACAGUUUCAUUGAAAGAAUGAGUUCUUUGGUGAAAAGAUUAUCACAAUCUCAAUUCCUCUUAGUAACAGCAACUCUUCCAAAAAGUUUACCAGACAUUUUAGCACCUUUGGAACAGUCCAUGAAGCAUGUGGUAUCACCAAGAAUACAUAAACCUCUUCUAAAUAUAACACAAAAAUUCCUCAGGUUGAAUGCAUCCAUGAAACCAUCACAUUUACUUCAAACCGCCAAAAAUAAUAAAUCCCCAAUGGUGAUCUUCACAAACAAGAACCAGACUUGUAACUGGGUAGCUUUGUUCCUGAGGGAAAAUGGUGUCAACUGUGCAAAUAUAAACGGUGACAUGAACUAUGCCAUUCGGAUAGAGCAGUGGAACCAGUUUGUUAGUGGUAAAGCAAACAUUUUGGCAGCUACUGAUGUUGGCAGCCGUGGACUGAAUACAAUUCAAGUCAUGCAUGUUCUCAACUAUGAUUUUCCAUUAUAUGCUGCAGAUUAUUUGCAUAGGAUAGGGCGAGUGGGCAGGUUGGGAAGCCCAGAUUCUUGUAAAGUCACUAAUUUCGUUGUUGGGGAACAAGAAGUGAAACUUGUUCAGCAAAUCGAGCUCGCAAUUAGAAGAAACCAACCGCUUACAAAUGUAGAUGGCAACAUAACGAACAUUGUCCAAAGAAAAAUAGCAAGAAAUAUGAGAGAAUCUGUAUGAAAAUGUAGAUUUAUAUCUGGAUAUAGCUUCAGUUUUGAUGAAAUAUUAUUUAUUAUUCCAUUCAAUGCAACUUGUUGAAUUAAUAGUAACUAAAAUAAGUCAAAUAUAAUAUUUUGAUCACAUGCCCUUCAAUCAUCACUGGAAUCUGAAUCACUUGACUCUUCAGAAACUUGAGGUCUAUUUGUAUUAACAAACAAAUCAUCUCCAUCAGAUUCCUGUUCCUCACAAUCAGUGAACUCCUGCGGCCACACUUUGUCCUUUUUGAACUGUUUGAUAUGUUCGUUCGUCAAAAUCCGAACCAUCUCAGCUUUCACUUUGUCGCCCUCCUCGAUGGGUUCAACCACCACAAAAUCGCCCCUUUUCACCCAAACGUUUUUACGGAACUUGGUUGGCAUGGAUGCCAGAAAAACCGACUUAUCAGCUGCCUCCACUUCAUGAAGGUUGUUGCCCCUGCUGUUGAGAACUCUGACGAUUUGUUGAUUCUCUGUCGGCAG